GCUGGGUCACAGAGGAACUAUGUCAGACCAGAGAGACAGCAAAUACACAGAGCAGUCGGAAGAACCAGAGAGACAUACUCCCUGUGUGCAGUGUGACUCAGCGUGUGUGUGUGUUACUGAGUCGUGAUGGUAGCAGAGGAGGUGGUGGUCACUCUCUCAGGAGGGGCUCCAUGGGGCUUCAGACUGCAAGGAGGAGUUGAGCAUCAAACACCACUGCAGGUGUCCAAGGUGCGACGGCGCAGUAAGGCAUGCAGGGCUGGCCUGAGGGAGGAGGAUGAGUUGGUUGCCAUUGGCGACCGUGUGUGUGCCGAGCUCAGCCACGCCCAGGCCAUGACCCUCAUCGACUCCCACCGGCACACACUCAACCUCAGGAUCAAGAGGUUUAGGUCUGGGGUCCACACUGUGGCCCUGUCAGGUCGUACACCUACACAUAUAGCUACACACACACACACACCCACACACCCCGUUCUCUCCCCCACUGACGGGCCAGCCUGCCUCACCAUCACCUCCCCCCCUGACAGCGAGGCCUACUAUGGAGAGACGGACAGUGACGCGGACACACACACACACACACACCGCCGCCAGCGACGCACACCUCCGCACACGCGCUCUCCAGGCCGCCAGCAGCAGGAGGAGGAGACCUCGGAGUUGAGCGGGUAUGAGAGCGCUCCAGAUGGAGGGGUUUCCCUGCAGGGGCCCUGGGAGCAACUACCCACAUUUGGAAACGGUGUGAUCCAACAGUGGGAGCAACCAACAGGAUUGGGAACAGGGGGGUUUCAACCUGGAGUACCACGCAGGGAGGUGGUCUACCAACCCCAACCCCCCCAGUCCCAGCCAGAGUGGACCCACCCAGCCCAGCACGUCCCACAUCCUGAGCAGGGGGAGCCGACGGGGGGAAGAGAGGCGGAGGGAGAGGGAGACAGUGGUUUCCAGGAGGCAGGGUUGUGUGUGGGUCUGGCCUGCUCACCCCUGGUGUCUCCAGAGCGGGCUAAAGGAGCCAUGAUGCUGGGCUCCAGCCGACAGAUGGUUCCCAUGGUGGGCGCCCAGCUGACCCCACUCAGUGAUGAUCUAUCUACUACGUACAAGGACAAGGCCAGGCAAGCCAAGCUGCAGAGAGGAGAGAGUGUGGUAGACAGGCAGGUGAAAGAGGCUCGUACUAAAUGUCGUUCCAUCGCCUCCCUGCUCACCGACGCUCCGUACUCCAACUCCAAAGGAGUUCUCAUGUUCAAGAAGAGACGCCAGCGUGCCAAGAAGUUCACCCUCACCUGUUUCGGCCGCGCGGAGGGGGAGGUGGGUGCUGAGACUGGGGGAGAGACGGAGGGGGAGGUGGGUGCUGAGACUGGGGGAGAGACGGAGGGAGAGGAGGAGGAGGGGAGUUCCUUCCCCUCGGGUUCAGAGGUGGAUGAAGAGGGCUUCGCUGGAACCUUUGACCCCACCUGGGACAGCGGAUACCUGGACCUGCUGGAUAGGAGGAGCUCCGCCUGUCCGUCCACAUAUAACUCAAGGUCCCAAACACCAACCAAUCAGAGCUCAGGGUUGGAUUCCUCGGCUUAUCAGAGCCCAGAGAUUAAUGUGUCAAUCAAUCAGGGCUCUGUGGCGAAUGCCCCAGCCUAUCAGAGCCCAGGGCUGGACUCCAUUGCCUAUCAGGGGAAAGAGACGGAGCAGUCUGAGCAGCAAAGGAAAAGGGUCACCCAUGUCGCCUAUAACCCCGCCCCUAACCCCUCCCCGGCCGCAGGUUUGUCAAACGGGGGCCCUGUAGGGGUGAGUCGGGCCAGUGUGGUUCUGACCCCCCCCUCUCACACACCUAACCUCCAGCCUGACCUAAACCCUAACCCUAACCCGCCUGGAGGGAUCCAUAACCGCACGGCAUGCCCCUUCACCUCAGGCCUCGCCCCAUCUCGCCCUCCAGUCACCCCUGUCAUCUUUCGACCCGUCCAGCCCACUCCUGCCGUAACUAUGGUUUCCAAACCCACCGCUGCGGUAUCCAUGGUGACCAUUGCCCCUCCUCGCCCUUCAGGGGGACCCCAGGCAAGGAGAGCAGUCUCCAGUACCUCUCUCUAUAUCCCCCCUAGACCUGCAGCAGCCAUCCUCUUUCCUCCCACUGCCCUCCCUCGUCCUCCGGUUCUAUCUCCUCCCUCUCUGGCCUCAGCUCCCUUCUCUCUUACCUACACUCCCUCUCAACCUUUCAUUCCUCCCUCUGUCCAUACUGCCACCUUCUCUCCCUCUUCUGCCCCCUAUUCUCUUCCGAAUCAUCCUCCUCAACCCACCCAACACUUCUGCUCCUUGACUGCUCCUCAACCUUUCUCUCCACCUCCUCCUGCCCCCACUCAACACUUCUCUGCUCCUCCUCGACAACCUUUCUCCCCUCCUCCUGACGCCCCAGUCUAUCCAUCCUCUGCUGUGGCUGCCCAGUCCUUCUCUGCUCCUCCUCGACAACCUUUCUCCCCUCCUCCUGACGCCCCAGUCUAUCCAUCCUCUGCUGUGGCUGCCCAGUCCUUCUCUGCUCCUCCUUCUAUUAAUCAAUCCUUCCCUCCUUCCUAUCCCACACCUUACUCUCACCCACCCCCCCUUGCUCAGACCCAACCCCCUCCUCCCCUGACCUUCAACCCCUAUGUUGCCACUGCGACCCCCUCCACUGCCCAGCCCCCAUCCUCUGAUUCGCUGUCCUCCCGUGAGCAGCGUAUCGCCGUCCCCGCCUCCAGAACAGGCAUACUGGCGGAGGCACGUCGUCGCAGCAACAAGAAGCCAAUGUUCCGUCCGUCUGUGGAGAACAAGAAGGACGUGUCUCCCAACCCGGCCCUGCUCGAACUGCUCCAAAACCCGGAUGCACCAACCAGGAUGGGUCCACGCCCCGGUUCCGGUCCCGGCUCCAUGGGGCCUAGUGGAGGAGUGGGAGGUGUGGAGACUGGAGGUGAGUCUGGCCCUGAAGAGGACUGGUUGAGGCUGGGGGCCGAGGCCUGUAACUUCAUGCAGGCCCGGAGAGGCCCCAAGCCCCCUCCUGUGGCCCCUAAAACGCAGGGCCCUCCACAGGUACCCCAGUUAUCAGGGAAGGGGGGUCAGCUGUUCGCCCGUAGACAGAGCAGGAUGGAUCGCUAUGUGGUGGAGAGCACCCCCUCCUCACCCCAACCCUCUCCCUGCCACCCCCGCCAGCCCUCUCCCACCCUCUCCCUCCCCUCUCAAUUCAGAUACUCCUCCAGCUGCAGAGCCCCCCCUCCCAUCAGCUACAACCCCCUCCUCUCCCCCUCCUGCCCUCCCCAGGCCCAGCGCCAGAGGGCGGGGGUAGCAGGGCAGGGUGCGAGACCAGCGGGGCAUAAAGCCGCUCCUGGGGGUCAGAAGGCUCAAGGCAUCAAGGCUUUGGACUUUAUGAGUCGCCAGCCCUACCAGCUAAACUCCUCCCUCUUCAGUUACGGGGGCGGGACUCCCCAGCAAGCACAGGCCUAUCAACAGCAGCCGCGCAUGAUGGGCGGCUCCUAUGGGCCCAUCAAGACGCCCCGUGUGUAUGAGAUCAAGCGCUUCUCCACGCCACCUCCCACAGGCCCCUCCCCUACGAUCAUUGUCCCACGGUCAGCGACCACACUGGGAGAACCGCUGUGGAGGUCUGAUAUCAUUUCCCCUCUGCCCAUAGCCACUCCCUGCUACCAAUCCCCUUCUAACACCCCCUACCCGCCUCAGCCCCAGUGGGUCCCUCCUCCUCCAGCCCCCAACACCCCCCUCCCUCAGCUCCCUAGCUUCCCCUCUGCCCAUGUCCCUAACCCUCACCCCUACCCCUCCGAGCCCCACGCCCCUCAACAGGGUAACAUGCAGUUUAAGAGUGCCCCUGAUCUCAGUCCUCUUGUCCACACCCCACCUUGCCCCGCCUCCACCAAGCCCUCCAGAGUUCCUCGCCCCAGAUUCAGCACCUCUAACCUGGGUCUGCAACCCAGUGUCUGGCGCCCCGGAUCCACCACGCACUGAGAUUGCAGGUCAUGGAUUGGCACGAAACGACAGGAAUAUAAAACAUUCUGUUGUGAUUUCGUUUUUUGGUCUUUGUCACGUCUAAGAAGAUGUUAGUAUGGUGCAUUGCAGGCUUUUAUUGAUUUCUUGUUUGGGCACUAUUGCAACUCUUGGAUCACACCACCCAUUUCAUAAAUUGGCCACCUCUGUUUCUCUUCGUAAAAAAUAUUGUUUGAUGUAUACUUGAUACGCGUUGUUGAUAUAGUUGAUAUGUAUGCAUAUAUGAAUGUAAAAUAAGUAUUUAAUGACAAUCAGAAAGAUAAAAAGUGAUCUAAAAUGAGAACGACAUGGAGAGGGAGAGAUAGAAAGGGACACAAUGUGAAGUUUAUUUAAAGCGAUGGGGUCCACAGAAUAAAGGUGAAAGUAAUGAAUGAA